AUGCCCCCCAAAAAGAAGGUCGACAAGAAAGACGACGGUAAGGAGGCGGAAUCCGGCCCGGACCCCGCGCGCGAGCAGGAGAAGGAGAUCGUCACGUCCGAGCUCGAGAUACAGGGGCUCACCGCGAAGCUGGCGCGAUGGCAGUCGCGAGGCAAGGUCCUCGCCGAGGAGAAUCUCGCGCUGGUGGCACAGCUGGAGGAGGCGCGGCGCGUGAUGGACGAGACGAACAAUCCGCUGUCGCGCCAGCUCAGGUCGACGCACGCGGGGACGCUGGCGAAGGAGUCCGAGCUCCUCCGCGCGGGGGAGGAGCUCGAGCGGAUUCUGUCGGAGGGAGCCGAGCUCGAGAGGCGCGAAGCCGACGACGCGCGCACGAGACGCGCGGCGCUCGAGGACGAACUCACCGCGCGCGAGGCGACGGUGAGGGAGGUGGACGAGUUCGCGUCCACGCGCGAUAAGCUCGACCUCGAGCUCCGCGAGAAGAAGCUGCUCCUGAAGGCGUCGCGCGAGGAUCACCGCCGAAGGGUCGACGACGUCAACACCGAGUUUAAGAUCGAGACGGCGGAGAUGAAGCGCGAGCACACCCGGAAGAUCAAGGAGGCGAAGGCGCACAUGCGUGCGCUGAUCGACGAACAGCUCGCGGGCACCACGAAGCAAACCGCCGCGGAGAACGAGAGGAUGGAGGGGGAGAUUGCCUACCAGGUGCGAACCACGCUCGACGUCAUCGACCGAAACGAGACGAUCAUCGCCGAGCACGCGGAGAUGGCCGCGGAGAUGGACGAGCUGCGGUUGAGGGAGCGGGAGCUCGCCGAGUCCAACGCGGUACACUCCAGGGUCAUACGCACGUUCGUGAAAGCGCUGAUGGAACGCGGUGAGGUGGACCGCAUCGACAAGGUUGCCAAACAUCUGGGCGACGCGGUGGCGACGGACACCCUCCCGCAGUACUGCCUGGAGCGGACCCACACGGGGGCCUUGGUGGAGAGGACGAGGAGAAAACCGAGGCGGCGCGCGGGGAAGGGCGAGGCCGAGGUUGCCAUCGCGCGACGCGUCGCGGAGGCUAGGUUCGAGCGCGAGCGGGUCGGGGCGGCGUUGAUCGCCGCCGCCGCCGCCGAGAAGGAGCUCGAGACGGUCGUCGAGGAGGCGGCGCGCCACGCGAGGAAGGAGUGCGAGAGGUUCCUCGCGGCGUGCGUCGAGGACGCGGCGGGAUCGGGCGGCGAAGAGGCGGAGGCUAAGGACGUCCUUAUCGAGGACGAGGACGAGGAUGACGGGGACGCGGAGGGACGACGGCGAAGGAGGGCGACGGCGCGGCGCGUCCUCGCGGCGGCGCUGGAGAAACCGGAGGCGCCGCUGGCGGAUGCGACUCGCGGGAUGUUCGAGCAGGCGAAACCGCCGCCGGUCGUGCCACCCACCGACCUCGGGUCGACGCGUGGGUUCGGGUCCCGCGGUCCCGAGGCGGUGAGUCACCGGUCGGGGUCCCUCGCGUCGGAGCGGAGGGUGGCUCGGUCAAACGCGGACCUGUUCGAGCGGAGCGGGUUCAGGCAGCGGUACACAUUCACCACCACGCGGCGAAGAUGA